AACGAUGAUUCACCGAUUACUACUCUUUUUCUCAAUUGUUCUAGUAUCAGUAUGUGCGGAUAACAUGACAUGGUCAGAGAAACAAGAAUACUGUAGAAUUGGAUCGAACGAUUUGAACACUUGUGAAACAUGUGUUGGCAAGGGCUCGAAUUGCUUCUGGUGUGGUGGAAAAACGAAAAGAUGUAUGCCAUUCGACUGGUACUAUCCAGACUGUAAUAUCAAGCAUGUCAAAUACAAUGUCUGCUGGGUGAGCACAUCAGCCGCCGCAAUCGUUAUUGCCAUCUGCGCUGGAAUCAUUGCUGUAAUUCUCAUUGCCUGCUUCUGUUAUUGCUGCUGCAAGUGCAAAGAAUACAACAGAAUCCACAAAAAAGCAAAAGCUCAGAAAUGGAAUGAGAAGAGAAUGACAGCUCAACAAGAGAUGGAUGAGAGACACAGUGUACGAUCCGAUCAGAGAAAAGCCGAAUUGGAAGCUUAUCGAAUGAAAUAUAAUAUUCCAGCAAAGGGAGAUGAUGGAAAAGUUUAAAUUUCCAUGUUUUUUUUAAAUUCUUGUAUUUGUAUUUCAUUUAUCCGGGUCAUUCAUUGUGUAGUUGAUUGUAUUUUAAUUGAAAAUAAAAUAGUUAACCACUCG